AUGACCAUGAGCCUGCUGCUGCCGGGGGGCCCUUGCUCCUCCUCGCUGGCAGCGCUGGCGGCGUGGUGGUCUCUGUCGCUCCUGGCUGUCAUCGGAAGCAGCGGCUCGCCGGUGCUCGGCUGCUACACGCGCAUCUUCAGCUUCGGCGACUCGCUGACAGACACGGGCAACUACGUCCACCUGACGGCCACCAGCCACAGCCCCUACGGCGCGCCGCCCUACGGGAGGACGUUCUUCGGCAAACCUACUGGCCGCGCCAGCGACGGACGCCUUGUCAUCGACUUCAUCGCGGAAGAGUUCGGGCUGGCGAAGGUGACGGCGAUCCAGGCGGGCACGGCGCCCGGGGACUUCCAGAGCGGCGCCAACUUCGCCAUCAUCUCGGCCACCGCCAACAACGGCUCCUUCUUCGCGGGCAACGGCAUGGACAUCAGGCCCUUCUCGCUGGACACGCAGAUGCUCUGGUUCAGGACCCACCUCCGCGAGCUCGUGCAGGCGGCGGCCCCGGCAGCGGCGGCGCAGCAGAACGGCAGUGCCGCCGCCCUGCUGAGCGGCGCGCUAGUGGCGCUGGGCGAGAUCGGAGGGAACGACUACAACUUCGCCUUCUCGCGGGGCGUGCCGCGGGACGAGGUGCGCCGGUUCGUGCCGGCCGUGGUGGACAAGCUGGCGGGCGCCAUGGAGGAGCUCAUCGCGCUGGGGGCGCGCGCCUUCGUGGUGCCCGGGAACCUGCCCUUCGGCUGCACGCCGCUGUACCUGCAGCGGUUCCGCGCUAACGGCGGGUGGUGGGACUACGACCCCGCCACGGGCUGCCUCGCCUGGUUCAACCGCUUCGCCCAGUACCACAACCGGGUGCUCACCGCCCGCCUCGACAAGCUCCGCCGCCUGCACCCGGACGUCACCAUCGUCUACGCCGACUGGUACGAGGCCACGAUGAGCAUCUUCCAGGCCCCCGGGAAGCUAGGGUUCACAAACGCUCUGCGGACUUGCUGCGGGAACCAUACCGUGCCGUGUGGAAUGCCCGGGUGCUCCGUCUGCAAGGACCCGUCCACGUACGGGUCUUGGGACGGGACGCACCCGACGGAGGCGGUGUACAAGGUGAUCGCCGACGGGGUGCUGCAGGGGCCGUACGCGUCCCCUCUUCCUCUCGCCGAGACUUGCCCUCCCACCACAUGA